AUGAGUGGCACCAGAAAUGUUCCAAUUGGCACGGACAUACCACCACCCCUAGUACCUUUGCCUAGCUGCCACGCUCGCGUCAAACAGCUACAGGCGCGAUUGUUUAACGGACUUCCUCUAACUACGAGCUACAUUGCCAACUGUCGGCUGUGUUUGAGUAGCAACUUUGGCGAGAAAAGUACCACCAUCAUCGAAGAUAAGCUUUGCAGCAUGCUCAAACAAGUAUUUCCCUUCCCGAUAACAAAUCAAAUAGGACUACCGAUGAACGUUUGCGCCGAAUGUCACAAAGCGGUGCAGAUGUUUUACGGAUACAGCAUACAGGUGUUGGCCAACCAGAAGAAGCUGCAAGAAACACUCAUCAAAACGGAACACUUUGAAUACAAUCACUUUAACAAAGCAAUUCUGGAGCGAGCACAACAUCCGGACACGCACCGAGAAGCGGUCGAACAAAGCUGCCAUGAAAUGAGAAGUGAAAUCAAGAGUGAAGACGAAUCUCAAGGUGAGGACUGUCAGGACGAGACUCUGAUCGAUGUAGAUGUCCAAUGUAAAACGCAAGAAGACGAUGUGCAUCAAGGUGAGGAUCCACUUUCGGAACCUUCGCUGGAUGAAAAAGUUUCGUUACGAUCGGUGCGACGCAUUGUCCUCAGUAAACCACCGACGGACGGCAAUGUAACGGGCGGGAUCAAUUUAAUCGAGUGCAAAACAAAAGAGAUCGAAAGCAAAAGUGUAACACACACGCAGAAAACGAAUCCAGCCUUGCUAGAGUUUACCGGAGCGAGGAAAAAGGCACGUCUUUCGCCGGGAGAAGUGACGCCGGUAGGUAAAUCAAGCACGGAACCGAACGAAACGGAGGAUGAUGAUGCCAACUGUGCUACCGGACCGAAGCCGGUGUACAUCUGCAGUAUCUGCGCAAAGGUGUUUGACAAGCAUCGUCAGCUAAUAUGCCAUCAGAAAACGCAUUUGAUGAGAGAGUGUUCAAUAUGUAAGAAAAUGAUUGCGUACGGCAAGAUGACGCAACACAUCUUAAAGGAUCAUGCGGUUAUUAAUCGACAAGACGAGAGCGUAAAAUAG